AUGCCUCCAAAGGCUCCUGUGACACCUGGAGAAAAAGCUGCAGCAAAACGGCUGCAGAAGAAGGUUGAAAUGGCAUCCGCACACUCUGCUCAAGCAGCCACCCCUUCCGAAAUUGAAACCUCAGAGAGCGUUGGUAGGCCAAUACGUCAAGCAAAAGAAGUAGCAAUGAAAAAUCAAGUUUGGGCUGCAGACAAACCAGCAACCCGAAAACGUGCUGCAUCAUCUAUCGCUGACUCAGGCAAAGGCAAACAAAAAAAGCUCACAGUAGGCACCAGCAUAAAGAAACAGAUUGUGCCACCAGAAGAAUCCAACCAUGGUACAGCCAGGCCACCUCGUCUACGCAAAACUCGAGAGCAGGACAUUGAUUUGCCCUCAUUGGACCAGCAGCCUGUUGAUGGUCAUGGUAACACGGCUUCUGAGUCUGAUCAUUCUGAGAAUGAUGACUCGGAAUUUUUAUCGAGUCAUGAUGAUGAGCUGCAAAGCAAAAAGCCAAAGCAGCUCAAGGAUUUAUUUUAUGACGAGACUCCUCAUUUCGUCACAAAUACUGUUAAGGCAGCCUUGAAACCUACAACCCAUUCUUCCAAGCCAAGUGGCUCGUACAUCACCUCCAUGAUUCCAACUUCAGACUCGGAUGACGAUCAAGCCACAAGUACUAGUCAAACCACGAAGGCUGUUACAAGAUGUCCCUAUUACCAAGAAAGGGCCAAGAAAACUGUGCACAAGGCUGCGGAGACUCCGCACUUCACUGCGGCACUAUCAACCUCGAGCAUUCCGGAUUCGCUAACUCGUAAUAGUACCCGCUUGGAAGACACUUGGUCUUUGUUAACACAUCUUGUGUGGAACGGCAACAACACAAUCAAUCUCCUCAGUCAACAACCUCAUAUCCAAGUAAUUCUUCAUGCUGCCAUUCAGCUUGUCGAACGAGAGCUGUACUUGAAGCCGCAUCAUCAGCGGAAGCAUAAAGAAGUCUUACAGCGCUUGGAACAAGACCAAGCUUACAUGAAAGCUUUGCACCAGAGUGAUGGGCGUAUUGUGUUGAUUCGCAAGAAACUCAAGGAUAUUUCGGAUCGCGUCGUUCCUGGUGCAUAUGGGGUCAAGACGGGUGAUGACGAGAAGAUCAACCGCCUGCUCAAUCUUCUGACUUUCAUUUACAAGUUUGACACCAAGGGCAAUCCCAUCUUGAGUCAGCCAUUUGACCAUCCCGCUAUCAAUACUGUAUGCCAGUUAGCCUUUUUUACGAGUCAGGACCAGGUUGGGAAGAAGUAUAAGGAUCGGUUUGUCUCUGUGCUUGAUGACAAUGAUGAACCCGAGAUCCCGAGUGCCAUGGUCUCAGCUGUGGUUACUGCGAUUUUUUCUUCCCUACUUGAUCUGAAGUCCGUUGUUGAUGUAGGUCGCGAGCGUGGUGAUUUCGGGCAAAGUCUCAUCCGCAUGUUUGACAACAAUAUGGAAAUGCUCAACGGAAUCUACACCGAGGGCCCGCAUGUUUACCAUUCUCUCAUGGCUCGAAAAUACAAGGCUGUUAGCAAUGUGGUUGACUUUGCAUCCGCCGAGUUGAAAGCAGCAUUUGCGCGAAUCGAUUUCGAUGUGAUAAGUAUCGACUAG